AAGAAUUUAAAAAUAUCCACAAAAAGUUGACAGUAAUGAUGACAAUAAUGACUGUUAACUGAAUAAUUGUGUCACUUCUGUUUUGUUUUGUGAUGGUAUGGUACAAAAGAUACAAGUAAUGCGAGUUUAUAUAUUUGAAAUAAUGAAAACUAGUGAUUAACACAUGGAAAUUGAACCUGAUAUAUAAAUAUGAAUAAACCAACGAAAACAGAUGAGGAUAUUCACUGGUUUCAUGGUAAACUGACUAGAGAGGAAGCUGAAAACCUUUUAUGUCAAGAUGGCAGGAAGGACGGGUUAUUUAUUGUUCGGGAUAGUAACUCCUCGUCUGGAGAUUAUGUUUUAUCAGUUUAUCAUAAUAACCAAGUUAGCCAUUUCCAAAUACGAAGACAUGCAGAAGAUGCGUUUUUUUCUAUAGAUGAAUAUCUGAAAUUCCACGGUUUGGAAGUCCUUAUUGACUACUAUUUUAUGACCCCAAAUAAACUCCCUGAAAAUCUAGUCUUAACUGAUUAUAUUAGAAAAGAUCCUCCUCCACCUGAUUCUCGAAGACACGGUCGUACAAAUUUACUUCAUAGAGCUACAGAUCAAGGGAACUAUACAGUGGUCUCUGAACUAUUAAAAACAGAUUAUCCUCAUGAUGCAAAAAAUCAAGAUGGGCAGACAGCAGUGCAUUUAGCAAGUAUAAGUGGACAAAAUGAUAUUUUAUUGAAACUUAUUGAAAAAGGAUAUAGUGUCAAUUUAAGAGAUUCUGCAGGAUACACUCCUUUGCAUUAUGCUUGUCAAAAUAACUUUCCAUCAACUGUAAGACUUCUCGUUCAAACAGGAAAUGCCAAUGUUCAAGCUAGGAACACAGAAACUGGUGCGGUACCUCUACAUGAGGCUGCUAGCAGAGGUCACAAGGAAGUAGUAAUGGAAUUAUUGUCUUUAAAUGCCCCUUCUAGACCUAGGAAUAAAAAUAAUAUGACGCCUGAACAAUUAGCUCUCAUGAACAACCAUUUUGACUGUGCUGACAUUUUAAAAAAUUAUAAAUAUUCUCCCAAGAGGACAGACAGAAGUGAGUGGUACCAUGGAACAUUAGACAGACAAGAAGCAGAAAUGAUAAUUAAGAUGUGCAGUACAAAAAGUGGUACCUAUUUAGUUAGAUUUAGUGAUAGAAAUAAAGAAGACGUAUUGACUUUAUUAAAUGAUGAUGGAUUUUACAAUUACAUUAUCCACAAUAAAGAUGGAUAUUUGUUUAUUGAUGAUGGACCAUAUUUGGACUCUUUGGAGCACAUUGUUGAACAUUAUAGUUUAAUGCCUGAUGGGUUACCAACAGUAUUACAAUUUCCUGUUCGCCCUAAACCAAAACCACCUGUACCUGAAUUCUCCACAAUGCCUAAGCCAAACAAGAAGAAAAAUUGCCUCAAAGUACCGCCAAAACCUGUUCAUAAACCUGAUGAACCUCAUAAUAAACUUUUUCCUAGUCAAUUUGCAAAUAUUUCAUUUACAAGUGAUUUCAUAACAACGAAUACCUAUAACAAUAACUACUGUGAAAACGAAAAUGAGUACAUCCCUGCAGAGCAAUUGACAAAAGGGACUCUUAUUGGAGAAGGAGAAUUUGCUUCAGUGUAUGAAGGUACUUACUUGAAUAAAAGUGGUGAUUUGGUAAAAGUUGCAAUAAAAAUUCUCCACAAUGAACAAAUGGAAAUAAAUCGAGGAGCGUUUUUAAGUGAAGCUCAGGUCAUGGUAAAACUAAACCAUCACUGCAUUGUGAAACUAAUAGGUUUAUCAUUAGGACCUCCACUAUUGAUGGUACAAGAACUAGUUCCCCUCGGUUCAAUAUUGCAAUAUGUUGACGUUAAUAAAGAUAAAAUUAAUCCAAAUUUCGAAUUUAAAAUUUGGGCUGCUCAAAUAGCUUGCGGAAUGGAAUAUUUGGAAGAAAAUAGAUUUGUUCAUAGAGAUUUAGCUGCGAGAAAUAUUUUGCUUGCCAGUCAGAUGCAAGCUAAAAUAAGUGAUUUUGGACUUUCUCGCGCCCUAGGAACAGGUCAUGAAUAUUACAGUGCUUUACAAGGGGGAAAAUGGCCUCUUAAAUGGUACGCUCCAGAAUCGUAUAAUUACGGUCAAUUUUCGCAUAAAAGUGACGUUUGGAGCUUUGGUGUUACGAUUUGGGAAAUGUACUCAUUUGGGGCUUCUCCUUAUGGUGACAUGAAGGGAUCUGAGGCAAUAACGUUAAUAGAAGCUGGGGUGAGAUUAGAAAAGCCGAAAGAAUGUCCUGAUGACGUGUACAAAAUGAUACUGAGGUGCUGGGAAUACAAAGCAAAAGAUCGACCAAGCUUCAAUGAAUUAGUUACUUUUUUUACAUCCGAUACUCAUUACAUGAAUGUUAGAGAAUUAUUACCAAAAGCAAAUCUCGCAUAAUCUUCAUUCUGUGCCAAUUUUUCUAUCUCUUUAAUGAUAGUUACUGAUAUUUUAUAGAGGGUUUAGUAGGUACGCUCGGAAUUUUUUUUAAUAGUGCAAUAAAAAAGUAUUCCUACAUUUUAAAAUCCCAUUUUAACCAAUUUCAAAUACUUGUUAUGUUUUAAUUAGUUUUUAAAUAUCACUAGGAAAUAACCAAUUCCAAUAUCAAUUUACACUUUGUUGUUAGUAGUAGUAACUGUCAAAAGUUUAGAUAAAAUUAGGACUAAUUAAUUAUUUUUGCAAAUAAGUAUCUUUUAUAGGCUUUUUAUUGUUCACAGUAUAUUUUGUUGUAUCUAGAUUUUAUAUUUGUCUUCCCAGUAACAACCCUAAUUGUUACUGAAUUCCCCACAAGUUGCCCUAUUCUAGCGUGAGGUCUCUUGAAUUUCAAAUGUGAGUUUAGUGGGUGGCGAGUGGUAUUUUGUGAAUAUAUUACAAUACUUGAGAUGCAUUAACACAAUUUUUAUGUCAAAGGAAUUAAUUUUCACAUUUGUUUUUAAUUAUUGUUUAAGUGGUCUAAAACGAUAGUCUUAAUUUGAUUUGUUAACUUUAAUUAGAUUAAUUCUUAAGGUGCAAUUCGUGACACUAUUAUACCCACGACUAAUACCAUUUUAUUAUUAUUAUGUAAUUUGCUAAAACAAAUUUGGAGAGUGAAAGCCAUGUUAUUUCAAUUGGAAAAAUAGUAAUUUUUUUCAAGAAAUUCGAGCUUUUAACAAUUUUACUUACCUUGCCAUUAUGGAAAGUCACUUGAUUUAUGAUGACGGUUAAUUUUAUUACAGUAGGAUUUUGAUAUAUAAAAUAUAGUUGUGAUCAGUUCUCACUAGAUGGAACAUGUUUGUAAUUAGUCAACUGAUAAAUUAUUAUGAAACAAAGAAAAAGAGGUAUUGGCAUUGCGUGUCAUUUCAUAAUAAAAUAUAUUCAGUGUUAAGUGACAUUAUUCAUUUUUAUAAUAUAAUUUUUAUGUAAA